AUGCAGAUCACACACCACAGGACUUCAAGCAUAGAACCGACAUCAGCCCACCUCGAGCUCGGCGGAAAACAAUACAUCGCCGACAGAGACGUGAGGGCUUUACUGGAUAAUCACAUCCCCGCACGCGCACAGGUGUUCCCACCUGCAUCCAAUAUGGAAUAUAUGGAGUGGGAUGAAAGACUGGCUAAAUCUGCAGAGUCCUGGUCCCCUCAGUGCAUAUGGGACCAUGGUCCACCUCAUGUUAUGCGGCACGCUGGGCAGAAUAUAUCCAUCAUUUUGGGCAGAUACAUGUCUAUCAUUGAGCUGGUAAGAGCUUGGUAUGAUGAGAGACACUCUUUCUCCUACCCCAGUAGAUGCACUAGCUCUGUCUGUUUACACUACACUCAGAUGGUGUGGGCCACCAGCGGUAAGAUUGGCUGUGCUUUCACCAGGUGUUUAAAAAUGUAUGUGUUCGGGAGCACAUGGAAACAGUUCACCCUACUGGUUUGCAACUAUUCUGUAAAGGGAAACUGGGUUGGAGAGGCUCCGUAUAAGGCAUGA